AUGGUCUACCUUGGUCCCUCUCGAGGAUGCGAAACAUGCAAACGGCGGAGGAAGAAGUGCGAUAAAACUCGUCCGUCAUGCCUCCGAUGCCAAAAGUCAAACCGCACAUGUGGGGGCUACCAAGAACAAGCCAGCCAGCCCCUGAUCUUCCAGCGGAACUACACCCAGACCACAACUCGCCCUGACUACUUGGCAGCUGUAAAACCCUUCGCGCGAAAAUGUUGUCUACCUGUCCGAGCACCAUACCCUGGCACAGAUACUCUGCCGGAUGAUGCCGCUCCAAAAGAAGUGAGAGAGGAGGAUGUAGUCGAGUUUGCAGUGCGGGGAUUCUUCUACGACUUUACCAUUUCAUCACCGGAUAGCGUUAGUGCAUCUGUUGGCUUUCUCAAGGAUCUGGAGCUGCAGGUCCAGCGAAAAGGGCUGGACUCGGUCCUUGGAAAAGCCUGCAUGAUGAUUAGCUAUGCGAAUCAUUCUAGGAAGCUGCAUCGGCCGUCGUUCACGACGAAGGCAGAGGUGCUGUACCAUGAGCUGCUGCGGUAUCUGGCAAAAGAAAUUGCAAGGCCGGUAUCCGUGAGAGAGAGGUCCGAUCUCAUUCAUCUGGCUUGGCUGAUGGGUCUUUACGAGGUUGUCAUGGCUGAUGGGACCCCUCUGGAACAAAUCGACAUACACUUUAGAGGGGUAGCGGGGAUGCUGCAAGUCGGGGAGUCUCCCUUGGGCUUUCUCCGUUCAAUAUUCUCUCGUUACUCUCUUAGCCCCAGUGCGCAGAUGCAAGAUCCGGGUCUUGUGCGCUUGCCACAUUCGGUCAGGAGCCUGGGAUCGCUACAUGAUAUCCUGCUUGAAAUAUAUCCCUUGAAGACGGAAGCGGAACGUGUCCUGGCGGAUGUAGAACUCACAGAGUCACAUGCGCAUGCCCUUCGACAGCGGGCAUUUAUACUCAACGAUCGUCUAGCGCAGUGGGAAGACAGCGUUGCGCCGGAGAGGAAACCCAUCACAAUAGGCCACGUACGAGCGAACAGUAACUCAUAUAUUGAAGUCGGACACUGGCCGGGGCCAUUGCACAUGUACAUUGACCUCCGCGAGGCAGCCAUCUUGAAUAUUAGUCGCGUUGCGCGAUGCUACCUCCUUGACAUGAUUACCAGGCUGAAAGAUAUGCAGCCCGACGAGGAGGACAACGAUCAAGAGAAAGUGAAGGCCGUCCAGCUCAUCCAGGACUUUACCUCCUCCAUCCCAUACCACCUAGUCGAGGACUUGCAUUCAUUCUCCGCGAGUGCGCAACGUGGCAAACCCAUCGAACAACCGGGGAAGGCAGUUGGGGGAUUACUACUAAUGUAUCCCCUGUACAUUGCUUCUCAGAUAUCCAUCGUACCGCUUGAAUUGCAGGACUACUUCAAACGGUGUCUAGUCUGGAUUAGACAGAAUAUGGGAGUUGGAUACGCUUCUGUGCUGGCGAAGAUCUAG